UCGCAUAUUUUUAUUGCGAAAACGCAAUCGUUCCGUCUAGUUUACGAAUUUAGAGAAGUUCAAAGAUGUCUGAACGUAAAGUUUUGAACAAAUACUAUCCACCAGAUUUUGAUCCUUCAAAGAUCCCCAAGUUGAAACUUCCCAGGAAUAGACAGUAUAGCAUCCGUAUUAUGGCUCCAUUUAACAUGAGAUGCAGUACCUGUGGAGAAUACAUCUACAAAGGAAAGAAGUUUAACUCAAGGAAAGAGACUGUGGAAGAUGAAGAUUACCUUGGCCUGAGGAUCUUCAGAUUUUAUAUCAAGUGUCCUCGGUGUGUAGCUGAAAUAGCCUUCAAAACGGAUCCCCAGAAUACUGACUAUUCUUUGGAAGAUGGUGCCACAAGGAAUUUCGAGGCUGCUAAAACUGCCGAGAAGUUGGCCAGACAAGAACAGCAGGCAAUUGAAGACGAAGAGGCGAAUAACCCUAUGAAAGUCUUAGAAAAUCGUACCAAGGCAUCAAGGAAUGAGAUGGAGAUGAUCGAAAACCUGGAAGAAUUGCGUGAUCUGAAUUCACGCCACGCCAAACUCGAUCAUGAGCAGAUAAUCAAGAUGCAUCAGGUUUAUGACGAGCAGUUGAAGCUUUUGCAGGAGGAAGAAGAUGAGAGUUUUAUCAAGAAAGUCUUUGGGAAGGAUGGAGCAGUGAAACGAUUGGCUGAUUCAGACAGCGAUGAUGAGGAAUCUAAACCCUCACAACCCAAGUUGAUGAAAACAGAGAAGCCAACAGAUAUUUUAACACUGGACAUCAAGCCAAGCCAGAGUACAAGUAAACCCACGUGGCAAAAACCUCCAGGAAUCGGAUCAUCGAUAAAAAUCAACUUGAAAGGAUUAGUCAAACGAAAAGCUCCCAGCACUGAGGCAUCAGGUCUAGAUUCAAAAUCGAGUGCAGUUAGUGCACCUGUAAAUGAAUUACCAUCAAAUGACAAUGCUGCAAAGGACACUGACAAUAAAGUGUGUGUAACUUCGGAGGCUUCAGAUCCUGGAAAGGACACUAGUACGAAGAGUGAUGAUUUUAAGCCUGCAGCUACAGAAGAUAAGGACAGUGUACUGAAAUCCAAACCUGUUGCAUCUGGUCUUUCACUUUUGGGCAACUAUUCAGAUUCAAGUGACGCGUCUGAGUCUGACUGAGGUCACAAACUGAACACUUGAUUUUAAUCAACCUUUCUGACUGUCAUUCACAGCUGGCAGUAUCAAAGUGUAGCUGCACAGGAAUCCUACUCCUAUCAGACCUCAUGUCUCGGACAUAAGCACAUGCUGGCAGUAUCAAAGUGUAGCUGCACAGGAAUCCUACUCCUAUCAGACCACAUGU